CCUCCUCUCUUGUGAAUUGCAGAAAUCAGACCAGUCUACUUGGUAAAAUGACUGCUUGUGUUGCUGAAGAACCUAUUAAAAAGAUUGCUAUCUUUGGAGGGACUCACGGCAAUGAGCUGACAGGAGUGUUUCUAGUUACUCACUGGCUAAAGAACGGUGCUGAAAUUCAGAGAGAAGGGCUGGAGGUGAAGCCAUUCAUAACCAACCCAAGAGCAGUGGAGAAGUGUGCCCGAUACAUUGACUGUGACCUGAAUCGUGCUUUUAACCUUGAAAAUCUUAGCAAGGAGAUGUCAGAGGAUUUGCCAUAUGAAGUGAGAAGGGCUCAAGAAAUAAAUCAGUUAUUUGGUCCAAAAAAUAGUGACAAUUCCUACGACGUUGUUUUUGACCUUCACAACACGACUUCUAACAUGGGCUGCACUCUCAUUCUCGAGGAUUCCAAGAAUGACUUUUUAAUCCAGAUGUUUCACUAUAUUAAGACUUCCUUGGCUCCGUUGCCCUGCUAUGUUUAUCUUAUUGAGCAUCCUUCCCUCAAAUACGCAACCACUCGUUCCAUUGCCAAGUAUCCAGUUGGUAUAGAAGUUGGUCCCCAGCCUCAGGGUGUUCUGAGAGCUGAUAUUUUGGACCAAAUGAGAAGAAUGGUUAAACAUGCUCUUGAUUUUAUACACCAUUUCAACAAAGGAAAAGAAUUCCCUCCCUGUGCUAUUGAAGUCUAUAAAAUAAUGGAGAAAGUUGAUUAUCCAAGAAAUGAAAAUGGAGAAGUGGCUGCUGUUAUCCAUCCUAAUCUGCAGGAUCAAGACUGGAAACCGUUAAACCCUGGAGAUCCCGUGUUUGUGUCUCUUGAUGGAAAGACUAUGACACUGGGUGGAGACUGUACCGUGUACCCCGUGUUUGUGAACGAAGCCGCAUAUUAUGAAAAAAAAGAAGCAUUCGCCAAGACAACCAAGCUAACACUCAACGCAAAAAGCAUCCGCUCCACUUUGCACUAAAAAUCACUGCCAGCUCACAGUUCCGGGGAGUCUUGCAAGCCUCCAGGACUCUGUAAACGCCCAAGAGCAGGGAUGUGCCUUAUUCUAGUUCUUUUCCUCAACACUUGG